AUGCCUGAAGUUCGCGCACAGCCAAUACGACGAAGCUCCGACGCAUCCUCUUCGUCACGUACCUCGCAUACUACGAAAGCAACACGCCGCGUCUCCGAUGUUUCCUCUUCUUCGUCACGUCCUUCGCUCACUACGAGACGAAUCUCGGACGUCUCUUCCUCCUCCUCUGCCUCUGUUCCAUCUCGACGUACUCGCGACACGAAUCAGCGAAUUCGAAAAGUAGUCCCAACUUCGUCCGCUCAACCGCGUCAAUCUACUCAACAAAGCUCAAGCACUCGCUCACGAGCGCAUGCUAAUCCACUAGAGCUAUUAAAAAAGUCUGUCGCCGAUAUAUUUGAUGAUGUUCAAAAGUCAGCUGUAUUACAUAGAAAGAACGCUCUUGCUUUGCGAAAGAUACAGGAACGAUGUUCUAUAAAUCCAUCAAUUGGGGAACAGGCCUUUAACAAGACAAUCCUGGAUAUGGUUCAAAAAAUCUUGAGUGUCAAGAAGAAGGAACCUUGUGUUGAUAGAACAGUUAAAUUUCUUGGAGCUUUCAUUCAGUAUACGUCUGAGAAAGAUGCAAAAGACAAUGACUCUGUUAAUAGUGACGAUGAAGGGACUUUAUCAUCCCGCUUAGUGCAAGAGCUAGCCAAAUAUUUACUAAAGGGCAUUGAAGCAAAAGAGAGGCUAAUACGAUUACGCAUUUGCCAAUUGCUUGGUCAUUGUGCUUAUGCUCUUGAUUCGAUCAAUGAUUCAUUGUAUAAUAAGAUGCGAAAGAAGUUGGCAGAUCGUAUACACGACAAAGAUACUGGUGUUAGAGUUCAGGCUGUUGUAGCACUGUCCAAGUUUCAGGCAGGAUGUGACGUCGAAAAUGGUGACAGUCGUGAAAUAACUGACAAAUUACUCGAUGUGCUGCAAUAUGACCCAAACGCGGAAGUUCGUCGUGCAGUAUUGACACACAUAGAUUAUAACGAAAACACAAUGCCAAAAGUUCUUGAACGCGCACAUGACACGGACACAACUAUUCGGAAAUAUGUGUUCAGUAAAUCUCUAGACGAACUUGAGGAUUUUCGUUUCUUAUCUAUUGAAGAACGAGAACAAGUAUUACGGUGGGGAUUGAGUGACAGAGAUAAAAACGUAAAGAACGCGUGCUCUAACUUAUUGACCUCAAAUUGGAUCACGCAAACAAAUGACAACAUAUUUGAGCUUGUUGGACGAUUAGACGUGAUCAAUAGUGUUGUUGCCAAGGAUGUAGUCAUGGAACUUUUGAGAAAUAGGCGGGAUCUUGCGGAGAAAAUAGUAUUUGAUGAUGAGUUUUGGGACAAUUUGACCGUUGAAAGAGCUUUCCUUGCGCGCGUGUUCUGUGAAUAUUUGAAGGAGGAUGAAAACCAACUUGGUGAAAAAAUGCCUGAAGUUACGCGUCUUGCUUUAUGUAUACAAAACUAUAAUAAUCUGCUGAGCCAGUCACUUGAUGAUGAAGAUACAACCGUGAAGUACGAAUUUAUGCUUGAACAGUUACUGAUAAUUGCGACGAUGCUAGAUUAUGGCGACGAGGGUGGACGUCGCCAAAUGAAUAAUUUAUUGCGCGAGAUGUUGAUGUGUGAUAUUACUGAUAGUUUUAUCGAUCAUAUUGUGGAAACCAUGAGAAAGAUGGCUAUUGACGAGCGAGACUUCAACCGUGUUAUGAUUGAGAUAAUUUCAGAUAUAAGAGAAGGAUAUGAUAAUGAGACAGACAACUUUGCUGAAGAUAGGUCAAGAAUGACUUUAGACGAUGAUGUGGCAUCUAUAAGAUCAAGAUUAUCGCGUUCAAGCAUCCACAUGGCGGAAAAUAUAAAUGAGGAUGAAGAUGACGCAGACAAGGAAAUUCAAUCAAUGGAGGCUGAUCUGAAAUCUUUAGCAAUUAUGAAAUGUAUGCUUGAAAUAAACCAACAGCAAAUGGACGACACAUCACCGGUGUUUGCUUUAUUGAGGAAUCUUGUCGUACCUAGCAUCCAAUGUCCCGAGCCAGUAUUACGUGAAAUGGGGAUGCACUGUCUUGGUCUCACUUGUCUCCAGAAUCUGGCAAGUAAUCUUGUCGCUAUCGAGAACCUCGACCUGUUUUUAUACUGCUCUCAGAAUGGUCCUGAUGAGUUGAAAAUCAAGUGCCUCAUGAUUUUAUUCGAUAUAAUCCGUGUAUUUGGCUAUAAUAGAAUUGUUGAGAGAAGUGGAAAGGCGGAUGAGUUUUGUAAACUCUGGAAAACGUCUUUAGAUCAUGAUCUUCCAGAAAUGCGAGCAGUAGCGGUUGAAGGGAUGUCAAAAUUACUUCUGACUAGAUCAUGGGAAGACAAAGAGACCCUCCGUAAGCUUGUAUAUCUGUAUUUUGAUCCAAAUACAGCAAGUAAUAACAGGCUACGGCAGUGCUUGAGCUAUUUUUUGCCUGUAUAUUGUCACUCAUCUCCGAAGAACCAAAAAAUAAUGUGUGAGAACUUUCCUUCGUGUCUCGCGGAGCUAAUCAAGACACAUAAACUGCUCAGCAAGCAUUAUGACAUGGUGCCACCCCUUCAGAUUGCUCAGCAGAUGAUAGAAUGGACCGAUCCACACAAACUUGUUACAACUGGACGUGAUAAUGAAGUCAUCGACUUAGGAAUUCAGGCGGACGUUGCAAUUGGCGUAUUGAAACUUGUGUAUACCGAAACAAACAAGGAAGUGAGAAAAGUACUCUCCCAAGUGUUAACAAAGUUCCGCAUCGACGAGCACGUUGGUCGAGCAAGAAUCAAGCAACUUACCCUGCUUGCUGGAAACUUGAAAACAAGACGACCAUUGAAAGAAUCUGUCGGAAAGAAUGCAUUAAAUAAAUUUGAGAAAACACUUUUACAAUAUUUUUCUGAUAGUCCUGAAUCGCUAGCUGAAGAAGAACUGGCACAUAUUGAAGAAAUUAAGAUAUUUGUUGAGAGCUUUGAGGACGAGGAAGACGAUGAUGAAGAUGAUGAACGACUAAUGGUGGACUUGCCUGUACGAUCGACUCGCUCAAGAGAGUCGAAAGCAGCAGCGUUGGCAAAUUUACAUCGGGAGAUUGACGCAAUGCUGGAUUCAAGCUCAGAAGGCGAAGAUUCACCAAGUGAGAGAGAGGAGUAA